UGGAGCGGGCACUCUCGGGCACCGAGCGGCGGCCGGGGCAGGAGCCCUGAGCGGCGGCCGGGGCGGGAGCCCUGAGCGGCGGGAGCGGCGGUGGUCUCCGGCCCCGGAGGGUGCCCGGCGGUCCGCGGCCCCGCCAGCCGCCUGCUCCCCAGCGCCGGGCCGUGGGCUGCCCGCGGCGGUGCUGAGGCGCGGGCGGCGCGGCGGGAGGUGGCGGCCGGAGCGCAGGAGCAGGGAAGGGGCUCUGCGUGGCGGGGAGAUGUCCGCCCCGUACGGCAGCCUGAUGAGAUACCUGUUCCCAGCCCUGCUGCUGCACGGGCUGGGAGAAGGUUCUGCUCUUCUUCACCCGGACAGCAGGUCCCACCCUCGAUCCUUGGAGAAGAGUGCAUGGAGGGCUUUCAAGGAGUCACAGUGUCACCAUAUGCUGAAACACCUUCACAAUGGAGCCCGGAUCACUGUGCAGAUGCCUCCCAAUAUUGAGGGACACUGGGUCUCUACUGGCUGUGAAGUUAGAGCAGGCCCAGAGUUCAUCACAAGAUCUUACAGGUUCUACCACAAUAAUACAUUUAAGGCCUAUCAGUUUUAUUACGGUGGCAAUCGCUGCACAAAUCCUAUCUACACAUUAGUUAUACGUGGCAAAAUUCGACUCCGCCAAGCAUCCUGGAUCAUCCGAGGGGGUACUGAAGCUGAUUAUCAGCUACGCAGCAUACAGAUCAUAAGCCACAAUGAUGCAAUAGCCAAAAAAUUAAGUGAGUUGGUGAACCAUACAUGUCCUGGAUUUAUACCAGAAGAUAGUCCCUGGGAGCAAGAUGUGAGCUACGAUUUGCUGAGAGAAGAUAAUGGCUGUGAAUGCACCAAAGCUCUGAAUUUCGCCAUGCAUGAACUGCAGCUGAUCCGCGUGGAGAAGCAGUACCUGCACCACAAUUUAGACCACCUUGUGGAGGAGCUGUUUCUCGGAGACAUUCAUACUGAUGCUACCCAGAGGAGGUACUACCGGCCCUCUAGUUACCAACCUCCUCUUCAAAAUGCCAAGAACCAUGACCGCACAUGCAUCGCAUGCAGAAUCAUCUACCGGUCAGAUGAGCACCAUCCUCCCAUCUUACCCCCCAAGGCGGACCUGACCAUAGGCCUACAUGGAGAAUGGGUGAGCCAGCGCUGUGAGGUGCGACCAGAGGUCCUCUUCCUCACUCGACACUUCAUCUUCCAUGACAACAACAACACCUGGGAAGGUCACUACUACCACUACUCCGACCCCAUCUGCAAGCACCCCACCUUCACCAUCUACGCCAAGGGACGCUAUAGCCGGGGAGUGCACUCAUCCAAAGUGAUGGGCGGCACGGAGUUUGUGUUCAAAGUGAAUCACAUGAAGGUCACUCCCAUGGAUAUAUCCACAGCCUCGCUGCUCAACGUCUUCAACGGGAACGAGUGUGGAGCACAGGGGUCCUGGCAAGUUGGGGUUCAGCAAGACGUCACCCACACGAACGGCUGCAUCGCACUUGGCAUCCGCCUACCUCACACCGAGUACGAAAUCUUCAAAAUGGAGCAGGAUGCCCGGGGCAGGUACUUGCUGUACAACGGCCAGAGACCAAGCGACGGGUCCAGCCCCGACCGACCGGAGAAGAGAGCCACCUCCUACCAGAUGCCUUUAAUUCAGUGUGCUUCAUCAGUACCCAGAUCUGAAGAGUCACCAGAGGAGAAUAAAAUAAGGCUGUAUAGCAGCAGAGCAUCAGAAAAAUAUCCAAGUGCCCCAGCUCUUGCUUUGGUGUUUAUUUGUACUGUGUCAUAUUGGGACAUUCUCAGCUAGAAGUGAAAAAAACUUAUUUUUCAUGACUACAAAGCCAGGAUUCCACCAGACUGGGGGUUGUUUUUCUUCCUAAAGAAAGGGACAUUUAUUUUCUUGAUGCACUUGAAUGCCUGAGAACUGUUGUUCUUUUCCGUACUUCCCCCCUCCUCCUCGAAUCCCAAAUGGCACUCGUUUGAUGUUUGUGCUUUGAACUUCAUCCAGUCUGAUCCCUGGCCUGACAUGACUGCACAAAAGUAAUUGCACUUUAGGACUGCAGACUUCUUGGGGGUUGGGGGGGGUGGGGGGGAGGAAGGGGGUCUCCUUUUAUUUUUUUAUUUUUUUUUUAACUGCUGGGAUGAACAUUAUGAUCCCGCUUCAGUCAUCUCUGCCGUUUUACCAUUGUGGUACUCCCCAACACCCAGUUUCCCAUCAGAAUUUAGCUCUGGGGAAGGGCUCAGUGUCACGCCAGUGCUGUAAUAGCAGCUUUCGCCCCUGACUUCACAGCUCUAAUGUAGAUAUGUAUAUAAGGAGGAAACCCACAAAGAUUUAUCUUGUUAUCUCACAGGCCAUAACACAAAAAGAAACAGCAAUUCAACAGCCCUCUGUUCAGAUAGUGCUGAACGGUUAAUACUUCCAAUUAAAAAAAAAUAUUCCAAGUAAUUUAAGCUAUUUUUAAAAUCACUAAGUUGUAAAAAUAACCAGUGGUUUAAUAUUUUCUUGUUCAAUUUCCUUAGCUAUGUAAUUGCUUCAAGGCCUCCCUUUGUAUCUAGUGAGCAGUUACAACCAAGCCUCCUUAAAGCCAGACAGAAGCAGCAUUUGUUCUGUCGGGUGCACGCAGUGCAGGUAAGCUGCUGACACCGGGAAGCGGGGAUGACUUCUCUUGGCAUAUUCCUGAGGCCUUACUUACUCCACGUGCAGUAUUUGUGCCUUGGAUUUUGUUUCAGCCAGGUGGGCAAAGUAAAGAAGCAAGUGGGGUCUGAUGUGUUUCUGCAACCUUAUUUAGCAGUAUCUUUUUUAGUGAUUGACCUCAUGUAGGAACAAGUGAAGGGUUUCAGCAGCACACACACCGUGGGCCCUAGUAGAGCAAGAAAGCAGCUGGAAACAGACCCACGUCCAUCAUGGACAGAGACUGCCCCGGUCUUACCAGAGGGAGAAGCAAGAGUUGCAUGAAUGCAGCCACGGCCUCCCUUUCCUCCUGGCUGGACUGGCCCAACACAUCCCAUGGUUGCACAGGGAGCUUCACUCAGCACUGGUGUGGGGAGGCAUUGCUGGGAAGGUGGAUAGGCACAGCCCUCAGAGAGCAUUCUGCAACAAGAGCCUGCCCUGGAAAGCCUCGGAUUUCCCCCAGUAGCAAAUCCAUCCCUGGGCGCACUGAUGCAACCAGAGCAGACUCUGGAGGCACUAGGGGAGAUAUUUAGGGCCAGCAAGGAGGAACAAGUGAACCAUGCUCUCCUGCUUUAACGGGGCACGAGCUGAGGGCACAGCCUAACCUUGCGGCAUAUGGGCUGUGGCUUUUAUGUGUUUUGGCUCCCAGAGGAGCAGGAACCUGUGUAAGAAACAUAAGGAGUUAGGUCAUAGCAUUUCUUCAUCAGUAUCGGCAGCUUCCAGCUGCCCCGCCCAGUACUAUAUGAGAAAAAAAGCCUUUAAUGUGUUAUUUUCAGCAUCAUAGAAGAAGUGUGUCUUGAAUGAAGGUCUUUCAGCUUUACACAGACGAGUCUCCAUACUGUCUGCCAUAGCAAAAGCAUUCUUUGAAAACAUAGUGGCAGUGCUAGCAAAAACAGCAGGAAAAAGCCAUUCAAGUGGCAAAUGGCUAUGAUCAGGCCCCCAGCUUCCCCAAAGUCCAUGCCUUCUUGACAGUUUUUCCAAGCUGGUAUCAACCUUGGACGUGAACUUCAUCAGAGCUGGAACAAAAUUGGUUCACCUAGUUUUGAGACAGCAGGAGGAAGGGGAGAAAGAACAAUAUUAUAGAUUCCCUGCCAGGUCAGAUCACGAUCUUUCACAUUUUUUCCUCAGACAGAUGAAAAGUCACAAAAAACUCAUUACGCGUCAGGAUCUGAGCUCAGGAUGGCUCAGUAGUCACCAGAGAAAGUGUUCCUCCAUCCACCUGAUCUCAGAUCCUCCCUUCAGCCUGCUGGAAGGAGCCGAAAGCCAACUCACCAUGUUGAAUUAAUUGAGCCCUGUGGACAACGGCUGCUCUGAUCAGCAUUUCUCAGUGGUUUUCUGCUCUACACAAACCUACUUGAGGAGUCAGUUCUGGAUCAAAGGCAGCAGAAGCACCAUUUGAACUAGAGAGGCAAGAAGGAGACACUAUCUCUGAAAGAGAAGCUAGGAACCAGGAUGGAGUUCGGUUUUCUCUAGCUAGACUUAAGUUUUGUAUUCAGAUUGACACCAGCGUAUCUCCAACCGAUUUACUGAGUUACUACAGUCAAACAAGUCCCUUAAAUACUAGCUUCAUUCUGCCUUCUGUCUGAAACCUAGUGGCAUGAGUGAAUUCACAUUAGUUUUUAUUUAUGAGGAUGGGUAUGGUGUGAUGUUCCUUAGAUCACACAAGACAAGCUUCUUCCACCACCACCAACCUUUCGCGCAUUAGGUGGUCCUGUCUCGGGCAGAAUGUCAGACCCUGUUCCUUCCCUAUGCAAGCGCCGCACACAGCUGGGUCCCAGCUAAAAUCUGUACGUGCUUGUGAUGCAGAACUGCAGCAGAGAGCAAAGGAACUGCUCCACAGCAGGAUGCUCUGUAUGCACCAGACAAUGAUCUACAGUUUAUUAGUGCUUUGUGGCUCCUCUGUAAAUUGCCUAAUGUGAGAAAUGUUACACCAGUUUCAAGAGAAAGACUUGCUGGGUUCUCACCUCUAAAAAGCACAUUCGUGUCUCAACUGUUUUGAAUCACAGACUUGCAGAGGGUCUAGGUUUUCCAAGGCUUACAGUUACAUUAAAUGCAAACGUGACUGAAUGUACAAUUUGUAAAGAACUGCAUUUUUUUCCCCUAUCAUCUAGAGACAGUUAAAAAGGAAGUAUUUGGAAAAGGCCUUCAAAAUACAUUACAAGAGAUCUGACUGGGGACUACUCUAGUUCAUUUGUAGUGUUGACCAGAACCAUGAUUUUAUGAUCUGGGUUCUUUACAUAUGAUGCACCAGCUUCCCUCCACGUGCCUAUAUUUUUCUUUAUUUUUCUAUUAACCAGUACAAGUUGGACAAAGACUUAAGUCUUCAGAGUACAUAUAGUUCAUUUGCCAAUCCGCAUUCUCUGCAAGGCUUCUCCUAGGCUACAGGCACAGAACUAGGAGCUAAGCUUCCUUUAUGUUUUGGUUUCGUCAUGCACUAAAUUAAUUGCUGCACAGCACCGUGUACAUUUCUGAUACAAUAUUCCAUUCAUUUUAUUUCUCCAGCCCAACCUCAUGUGCUCGCAGCCCUGACUGCUAAAGAAGUUACGCUGCAAGUGGUUUGGCAGUGGAAGACCUACAGAGUGAUUUGUCCCAUACAUAAAUGCAGAAACUUUUAAAAAAAUGAAACAAUUAAUGUUGGUAUCUUCAAUAACUGCCAAUUGCCAGGACAGGUGAAAGUCUUUCCCUCAGUAACAUCCUACUCAAGGAGGCACCUGACAGAAGAAGUGGUAACCUGAAGAAGUUUCUUGGGCAAACUGUUUUAACAGGUUCUAUUUAAGAAAUAUGACAAAAGGGAUCAGAAAAAUCAAAACAAUUGUUCUUGCUCUGUUUUCUAUACUGUUUACAUAUUGUGCCUGCUGCCCAGGGGUAUAAUGUCAUUUCUAUGAACAGAAGUCCGUAUUUUAAGAUACAAUGUCUGUCUUGCUUGAUUUGGAGUGUGCUUGCUUAAAGUGCAGGAUUUUUAAAAAAAAAAAAUCUUUUUAUUUUUGUAAAGUUAUAGAAGAUAUUUUUCUUCUCAACUAUCUUCCAGAUUAAACCGCCAGGGAAGUUUAAGCACUUGUUAAACUAUUGAUUGAAAUAAAAAAGCCUGACUGAAGAAUUAA